UCAUAGCUCUCUGUGGCCUUAGAUAUUGAAAAUCUAAUCCUAGAUAUACAAUGCUAUUGAAAAAAACAGGAUGUUCAUGGAUAGAAUGUCUUUAACCAUAUGUAUACUGGGCCACAACUGCUCUGCAGCUAAACAACGUCAGAUUAUAUUUGUUAAGGGAGAAGAUGGUUAUUAUUUGCUAUUCUGCAGUUUAAUCUAAAUAAUAUUACACAAUGUGAAGGUGUAGCUGUUGUUUACAAAUAUGUAAGCUACACACAAGAUUCUGUGAUGUAAAUUUUAAUACAUUAAAAAGUUCAGUUGUUCGGGAUCUCAGAUGACGUUGGCACAACAGAAGAUACAUUCUCAGUAUCUAUAGUUUUUUAAAGACCAAAGGAAUAUGUUACGUACAGCACAUGCAUAAAACUGUUAGAAUUACUGUGCAAUGUUUGCUUUGAACUGAGAUUAAUAGGAAAAAUUCCUGUAAAUCACUGACAGGAAUAUAUUACAAAUUAAUUUUGUGGUAAUUAAAUUGGGAUAUGGUUUAAUUAACACAAAGGAACAUUGGACAGAAAUGCAGCAGGAAAAGAAUUUCUUAGGAAUAAACUAUGAAAACAAAAUCUUGAAACAAUAUAUGUAUGUUGUGAUUUGAGCAGGAUAAUAAUGGAAAAAAGCGAAAAACUUAAGGACUUGAUUUUUCCUGAACGCAUAACAAAUGAUGUAAGAAAAUUAUCAUAUGACUGUGAUGUUUGUAAAAAGUCAUUCCUUCAGAAAAGUUACCUGAAUACUCACAAACGUAUUCAUACGGGGCAGAAGCCAUAUUGUUGUUAUAUCUGUGAUAAAUCAUUCACUGCAAGUAUUGACUUAACGAGGCACAUACGUAUUCAUACAGGGGAGAAGCCAUAUCACUGUGAUGUCUGUGGUCAAUCAUUCUCUCAAAGUGCUGUCUUAACCACUCACAAACGUGUUCAUACAGGAGAGAAGCCAUAUCACUGUGAUGUCUGUGGUAAAUCAUUCUCUCGAAUAGUCAUUUAACUGAACACAAAAAUAUUCAUACAGGAGAGA